AUGUCAGACAUUAAAAAUAUUGAUAUAAAUUCUAGGCAAGAACAAAGUUACUCGUGCACGUCAUCAUCAUCAUCGUCGCCGACAGAAACCGUUUUUAAUGUAGAGCAACGACAACAAAGAUCACAACUGCCGCAAUUAAAAAUUUCCACGAAAAGAACAAAACACACAAGAAAUCGUUCGCAAACGCACUUAAGAAAACCAGCAUCAUUUGGUAGUUAUCUUUCCUAUGAGCGCUCAAAUUCAAUUUCAUCAACUUCUUCAUGCGAGAGUUUAAUCUCAACCAAUUCAAAUAAUACACCGGUUGAUUCUUAUUAUAAUCAUUUCUCUUCCUCCUCGUCUUCAAGUAUGCUGCUCACUCCUCCAUUGAGUCCGAGAUUCAUCUCGAAUACAAUCUUUGAGAUUUGUCAUCGAGUUUCAUGCGCAAUUGGAUUAAAUUAUUUUCUAGAAUCAUUAAAGCAUAGUGGCGGGAGUAUGAUGGACAAUCAUGAGAGCGUGUAUACAAAUACAUCAUUGACAGAAGAUUACGACGAAAUGGAUGAUAUUAACACAUCCAUAUCACGUGAUAAAGGUUAUUCAGAACAUGAGGAGGAGGAGGAAUUUCUUUUUGUAAAUACACAACGAAAUUUGAAAAUUCGAGGAAGCAAUAAUAGCUCGAUCUCUAUUUUAACAUAA